AUCCAUUGGACGUCCCAGAUUCACCGAACGUACGUCAAGAAUCAGGCCGCUACAAGCCAAGACAUGGUUCAUCGCAAUGAACCCAAAACAUUACUCUAUUAGCAAAUGGGCCCACGGGUUUAGUGACUUGUAAUUUGUCGUGCAAAAGAAACUUCGUAGACAUGUAAUCUUAGAGAGACGGCAAGGAAUGUAAAUCAGCUUCAAAGCCGUUUAAAAUAAUAUACUUCCUUUUUCUAGUUGGUGGCCCAUAUGAUGAACGGUUUCUUCAAAGAUCCCUUUUUUUUUUCUUUCUUUUUAUAAUACCACCCCACAUUCGCAUCUAUAAAUACAAGCGUAUCCAACAUUCAUUUCACUCAUGUGGUUUUUAAGUGAGAGUCUGAGAUUUUGAAACAUGGAUCCUGGUGUGAAGGAAAUUUCACAUUUUAAGGGGACCGCCCGAGUAGCAAUGGAAAUUCUACUCGGGUUGGUGUUUCUUGGGUGGCUGAUGAUUUGGGUUUUGAUGCCCACAAACACUUACUGGAUGGUAUGGUUUCCGAAGCUGCGGUCGCAGAUGGAUUCGACAUAUUUUGGAACACAAGGUGCAAACCUUUUGAUCUUUACAUUUCCAAUUCUAUUCAUUGCUGUCAUGGGUUGUGUAUGCCUGCAUUUGGGAAAUAAAAGUGGUAACUACGUUCAAAGGAUAAACCAUCCUCAUCUGGCCUCAUGGAGACGGCCUGUGCUUGUGAAAGGGCCAUUAGGUAUAGUCUCUUGGAUAGAGCUAGCAUUUUUCACCAUGUUCAUGGCACUUUUGAUCUGGUCUUUCUUUACAUUGUUGCGGAUUGGCUUCUCGAAUAUUGACCAGCAUUCUGCAGAAGAAGAUGGCCAGCAAGUGUGGGAAGCUAAAUUAGAAACUGCAGCUCUCAGAUUGGGAUUGAUUGGGAACAUCUGUUGUGCAUUUCUCUUCUUCCCAGUCACUCGUGGAUCGUCCAUCUUGCCGCUUGUGGGCCUCACUUCAGAGGGGAGCAUCAAGUACCACAUAUGGCUUGGACACAUGUCUAUGACACUCUUCACGGCCCAUGGUCUAUGUUACAUUGUCUAUUGGGCUGUAACGAAUCAGAUCUCUGAGAUGUUAAAAUGGGAGAAGUUUGGCAUAGCGAUCAUCCCCGGCGAGUUGGCUUUGCUCUCUGGACUGAUCAUGUGGGCCACGAGCUUUUCCCGGCACAAGAUGUUUGAACUCUUCUACUACACCCAUCAUCUCUACUUCCUCUUCCUCAUCUUCUUCGUAUUGCACGUCGGCUUUUCCUUCUUCUGCAUUAUUCUUCCUAGCAUCUACCUCUUCUUGAUCGAUCGGUAUCUGCGGUUUUUAAUAUCGCGGAGAAAUGUUCAUUUGGUAUCUGCUCGUGUUUUACCUUGUGAAGUGGCUGAGCUCAUCUUCUCCAAGAGCCCAGAUUUGAGUUACACGCCAACCAGCAUUGUGUUGAUCAAUGUGCCGAGAAUUUCUACUCUGCAAUGGCAUCCAUUUACUGUAAGUUCGAGUAGCAACAUGGAAGAGGAUAAGCUUAGUAUCAUCAUCAAGAGCGAUGGAAGCUGGACACGGAAGCUGUACCAGACACUUUUGUCGGCUGAUCCAAUGGACCGCCUGGAUGUUUCGAUCGAAGGACCUUAUGGGCCUACUUCAACUCACUUCCUAAGGCAUGACAAGCUAGUCAUGAUCAGCGGCGGCAGCGGCCUUACACCAUUCAUCUCCAUCAUCAAAGAAUUCAUCUUCAAGGCUACCAUAGCAGGCCACCAGGCCCCACGUAUCCACCUUAUUUGUGCAUUCAAGAAUUCCUUGGACCUAACCAUGCUCGACCUCCUCCUCCCACCCACCACCACUGCAUCAUCCGACAUUUCCCACAUAGACCUCCAACUGGAUGUUUUUAUCACUAGAGAAAAAGACCCCACAUCCAACAAUCCAAAACACGUCCGGACCAUUUGGUUCAAGCCCAGCCCAAUAGAUGUGCCCAUAUACGCCGUCCUAGGCCCAAACAGCUGGCUAUGGCUAGGUGCGAUAAUUACAACAUCAUUCAUCAUAUUCCUCCUACUCUUGGGUUUUCUAACCCGAUACUACAUAUACCCAAUCGACCGCAACACGAACGAGAUGUAUCCUCACUUAGCGAAAUCUGCUUUUAGCGUGCUGUUCAUGUGCCUCGGCAUAGUAGUGGCUGCUGGCUCAGCAGUUCUGUGGAACAAGAAACAGAAUGCAAUGGAAGGGAAGCAGAUCGAGAACACGGAGGCGGUAACACCCACGACGUCGCCUGGGUCAUGGUUCUACAAUGAGGAUCGAGAGUUGGAGAGUUUGAACCACCAGUCAUUAGUCCAAGCUACAAAGGUGCACUUUGGUGCAAGGCCUCAUCUUAGAAAGAUGCUGUUGGAGUGUAAAGAGGGGAGCGUUGGAGUUUUGGUUUGUGGUCCAAGUGAAAUGCGCCAUGAGGUUGCAGCCAUAUGUUCGUCUGGUUUGAUGGCUAACCUACAUUUCGAGUCUAUCAGCUUUAGCUGGUGAAAAACAAUGCAUGUAUACGCUUCCCUUUCAAUGAAAGCUAUU